CGAUAUACGGGUGAAAGAGACAGCAGGCAAAUACUGUUUCAUCUGUCAUCGUCGGCUGCUGUCAGCGUGAACGUAAAUAAACAACACGCCGCGCGGCAAGUUCGAUCGCAUCGGCAAGAUCUCAUUCAUUUGGUGCACUUUGGAAGCGGUUUCUUUUCAGAAAAAAAUAAUGGCGCUGGAAAACAACAGUAGGACAGUGCUAGCUGGCGACAUCAUUGACGAACCAACGGAAAUGAUGAAGGAAAGCAAAAAAGUAAUCCUUGGCCCAGGCCUGCGAAUAGAGAAGGACACCGUGCGGGCCAGCAAGUGCGGACAGCUGAAGAUGAAAGCUCCCAACACCUUCUGGAUAGACGCUUACCAAAAACGUUAUGUACCGAAUCGAGGCGAGCUAGUAAUUGGUGUUGUGAUGGCAAAGGCGGGAGACAUAUUUCGCUUAGAUAUUGGCAGUUGCGAGAAUGCUUCGUUGUCGUACAUGGCCUUCGAAGGUGCAACGAAGAAAAAUCGACCGGACGUGAACGUUGGUGAUAUUGUGUAUGCCCGCCUGCUGAUCGCACAUCCCGACGUGGAACCGGAGCUGGUGUGCGUGGAUUCCCAUGGCAAGAAAGGCAAAUUGGGCGUUCUGCACGAAGGGUUUAUGCUGUGUUGCAGCUUGAACCUAGUGCGGAAGAUAUUGAAUCCGAAAUGCACGUUUCUGGCUCAGCUCGCCAAGGAACUGCCGUUUGAGAUGGCAGCCGGAAUGAAUGGACGCAUCUGGAUUCGGGGCAGAACGAUUAAAGAGACGAUCGGUGUAGGAAACGCUAUUUUGGCUUUAGAAUACCUGCCGAGUGAUCGUGUACGAGAGCUUUGCGAUGACAUAGGCGCGUACGUGUCUGGGUUUAUAAAAUAAAAUCAGCAUAAAGCAGAGUGUAUGUUAUUGCAUAGGAUUUCGCGCAA